GGAAAAGCUUCAUUAAACCUUAAAAAUGUCGACCAAACAAAGAAAUCCCUCCCUAAUUUUAGCCUUCUUAAUCAUUGCCAUGGCCGUCAUGAUUCGACCCGGACUUGCCCAAGUCGACGUGGACGUCGACGAUACUCAAAUAUCACCGACAUUGGAAACCUCUUUCAAGAAACACCAUGGCCACCACGGCCACAACCACGGCCAUUCAUCACCCCCUCCGGAGCCGGCAGACUCGCCUGACAACUCCCCCGACGACAAAAACAUAAAACACAUACCCAAAAAGUUGAAAGAAUUCGUGGAGGAAUGCACUAAACACAUUAGCAACGAUUGCGCCGACGAAAUCGUGGCGGCUUUGUACAACCCUGAUAAGAAGAAAGAAGUCAACAUUGAUGCCAAGUGUUGUCAUCAGUUAGUCAGAAUCGGGCUUAAAUGUCACGAUGCGAUUGUGAAGGUUUUUAUCGGAUUGCCGGGUGUUCAUAAAGAUGCUAAAGUUAUUAAGAGGAACAGUCACAGGGUUUUUCACAGUUGUGAAAUUAUUGAUAAGAGAAACCAGCAUCUUUCACCUCCCCCAAGAUCUUAAUUAUAUAUGUUCUUGAUUUUUUUUUAUUGUACUCCUGGAAAAAAGAGAAUAAGAACUGUCAUUAGAAGAUCGGGACUCCACUAUUAAUUCGAUUUUUGGUUUCGAAUUAAUAUUUUGACGUUGUAUUCAGCCAUGCAUGCACAAAAAAAUAGUCCCCAGGAAAUGACUUUUGUAUUGUUAGUACCUUUCAGAUCUAUUGUUAUCGGGUGUGUCUCCAUUGAGGAUAGUUAGCUAAAAUCAUGAUUUUGAUGUUGAACAAGACAAAAUGCAAUUUGAAAUUAAAAUGCAAAAACCCAUGAUCCUUCUUUAAUGGUUUUAAUGUAGACAACUUAUGCCUGCAG